AGGACAGAGACGGCGGGGUGCUCUUUCACGUGAACAAGAGCGGCUUCCCCAUCGACAGCCACACCUGGGAGCGCAUGUGGAUGCACGUGGCCAAGGUGCACCCCAAGGGGGGAGAAAUGGUGGGCGCCAUCAGGAAUGCCACCUUCUUGGCAAAGCCUUCAGUACCCCAGGUUCCAAACUACAGGCUGUCGAUGACGAUCCCUGACUGGCUCCAGGCAAUUCAGAACUACAUGAAGACACUACAAUACAAUCACACAGGGACCCAGUUCUUUGAAAUUAGAAAAAUGAGACCACUGAGUGGGUUAAUGGAAACAGCGAAAGAAAUGACUCGCGAGUCCUUGCCUAUUAAAUGCCUUGAAGCUGUCAUCCUGGGCAUAUACCUAACCAAUGGACAGCCUUCCAUUGAGCGGUUCCCCAUCAGCUUUAAAACCUACUUCUCAGGAAAUUACUUUCACCACGUCGUGCUGGGGAUUUAUUGCAAUGGCCGCUAUGGCUCGCUGGGCAUGAGCCGAAGGGCUGAGCUCAUGGAUAAGCCGCUGACCUUUCGGACUCUGAGCGACCUUAUCUUUGACUUUGAAGACUCCUACAAGAAGUACCUGCACACAGUCAAGAAGGUCAAGAUUGGGCUUUACGUCCCCCAUGAGCCUCACAGCUUCCAGCCCAUUGAGUGGAAGCAGCUGGUCCUCAAUGUCUCAAAGAUGUUGAGGGCUGACAUAAGGAAGGAGCUGGAGAAAUACGCCAGGGACAUGAGAAUGAAGAUCCUGAAACCUGCAAGUGCCCACUCGCCAACCCAAGUGAGAAGUCGGGGGAAAUCCUUGUCCCCCCGAAGGAGACAGGCAAGCCCCCCGAGACGGCUCGGCAGGCGAGACAAGUCGCCCGCUCUGCCCGAGAAGGCAGCGGAUCUCAGCGCUCUGAACGAAGUGGGCUACCAGAUCCGGAUUUAGACAAGCCAUGCCCGCCAGCCCGAGGGCUUCUGUGGUGCUUCUCUCUGCACUUUACCCAGCGUCUUCAGGAGGAACUGCAACUAUUUAUUUAAGAACCUGUGGAUUUUAUUUUUCAGGAUUCGCUUAGACUGAGUGUGUGGUACAACGUAAAAUAAUUCACGAAGGGGCCACCAUGAAGGCUAAAGUAACCCCACUGGGGUUGGACUGCCUCCCUCACUCCAGAUGGAAAGGAUACCAUGACUGUAGUUCUAUAUUUUUCCAUUUACCUACGUUCUUUUACUUGCUUUCAGCAUUACCCCUCACCAAGUAAAUGUUCAUGAACUCCUCCCUCCCACUUUUGAUAUAGGAAGGUAACUCAAUCAGUAUUAAUGUUUUUUGUAGCAAUAACAGAGGCAAAGAUUGGUGGGUUUUUUUUAAGCUGUCAAUAUUACCUCAGCAUUGACAUCAGAUAUGCAAACUUAAUGGUGUUUUGUUUUUUUAUAUUCUAUUUGUAUUGUUUCCCCAACAUUUCCCAUGGGGACCGCCACAAAGUUUGGAAUUCUUUCCUGGUGCAUACAUGUGAUGAGAUUUAAGGUAUUAUAUGCAGGUGUUUUGCUAAAAAGCACUGAAAUUCUUCUGGCAAUACGGGAAACCAUUUUUAGGGUGUUGGAGUUACUUCUUAAUCUUUCUUAAAGCAUUCACUGACAGUAGCUUUUGUUCUUUCAAAACAAAACAAAAACAGCGCGUUCAGAAGCUAGUCUGUGUUCUGUCACUAACAUUUAAACUUUGCAGACUCUACAAAAAGCAGAAGCGGUCGUGCAAUAUUAGGGAAUUUUAGCCGCAUGGUGAUUACUUACCUCUGAUAAUAACAAAACACAGAAAGGCAAAGAGGCCAGCAGUGAAACAGUAGGUCUUGAGAAACAGAUCAUCUUUCUGUUCACAUUUCAUCUGAUUUUUAAACUCUGAGCGGGGCCUUGAUUCUGAAGGACUCACUGUUGUUAGAGAUGUUUACUGAUGUCUUAUAUUAAGACCAAAUGGGGUGCAAUAUGAUUAUUUCCCAGUACCUUGCUUUUCAGUAUGAUUUUGACAUUUAGGAACUGGUAUUGGAAAAAUGCAAUGAAUUAGAGAAGCACGGAACCUUUUUUAAAUGGAAAAGUCUUCAGGUCCAAUGAUAUACUUUAUAGCGUGACUUGGUCCAUGAAGCACACAGUAUGACUAGCUGGCCUGCACAUGGUAGGUAGCCAGUGUGACUUCUGGCUGCAGACCACACAGAGUAACUCCAACAGCAGCCCAAGGCAAUAUCAAGAGUAUAGCAGCUAUUUCAUUUGUUUUAUCUUAGUAACCCCGCCAACUCAUGAGACCAAAAGGCACAGUUAAGUGAAGUCCACUAGUCAAGAAAAGUGUUACUCUAGUCUUAGUGCUUCCCCUCUGCUGUUCUCUGACUGGAGGUGAUUUUAGGAAGGGAUUAAAAAAAAAAAAAAGAAUCUGCUUAUUCAGAUUCUUUACCUCUGAGGGUGAUGCACAGAGCAAAAGGACUUCACCCUUUAGCCAUGUGCAUGUGAACUCACUUGACCCUAAAAAUCAAUGUUAUUACUGGAAAGUAUUUUCUUGAAAAAGAAGGAAGUCUAAUGUCCUUUACAUAAACAGGAGCAAGUAGGUAUACAUCUCAAUUAAAAUAAAAUGUAGCAUAAGUUAACAAUUCUGAACUUAAUUGCUUCAAGAACAGUAUUAUCAGUCAGCAGAGUUUGAAAGUUCUUUGUAUAUCUUCACAAGGCAAAUCCAUUUGCAGCUCAUGACCACAUCUUUAGGGCAGUGAAUCACUUCAUUCUCACUCUGAAAACAAUUCUGAGAUAUAAGAUAUAUAUAAAUAUAUAUGUAUCUUCUGUUUAUCAAUCUGAAACUAUCCAAUAAGAAGACUACUUAUAACAUUGCAGUCAUUCUUAGAGUUUGGAAUAGGAUUUUCCAAGCAUUACCUAUGCACUGUCCCAACUAAAAUGCAGGUCAAGAGUUGCACAGCCUCAUCUCCUACAAAAGGGGGGGAAACAGGAAUACAAACUGUUUCUAAUAUGCUGAUGGAUAAACCUUAUAACUGCCAAUCGGCCAAUUAACUUAAUUCCUUUCACACUAACUUCUUGACUUUAAUAAUUUUCCCAAAGCAACAGUCACAGAAACAUGAAAAUUCAUUGAAGAUAUUCUUAGUUGUCAUUCUGUUUUUAAUGCCUAUGGAAUGUUAAUUUCUAAAGAUGAGAAAGGAACCAAACGUCUAAAUUCUAGUGCUGUAAUGUAACUUUAAUAUUAAGGCAAAACAAACAAAUAGACAAACCCCAUGAUAUGAUUUCCCCCCCAAACUGAUUUUGAAACUGGCUACAAUUAGAAAAAAUGAAACUGAAAUGAUUUGAAAUCUAGUUUUGAAAAAGUUACUAAUGCAAGAGAAUUGUUAUGCUUAAGCCGAUGUGGCGCAGUAUAUGCAAAGUUUAAAUGAAUGACAGAAAUCUUGAUUUUAGACUUCAUGCUGUGCUGUUUUGAGUACACUUUAUUUCAGAAAGUGAUAUUUAGUAUUUUCUAUACACUCUGAAAUCAUGAGCAUUUCACUUUUUCUAAGUCAAUUAUUUCAUAAGGAUUUUAUUAAUAGAUAUUGGUAAAUAGAACUUUGGAAAUCUUAAUUCAGUAUUCUUACUAUACCCAAGGCUUUUGUAACCUAGUUUUAUGUACAACCUUGUACAGUUUUUUUGACAUACAAUUCAGAAUCUUGUUUAUUCUAUUGGACUUUGUUCUGGCCAAUACAUUUUUUUUAAAUCUUUAAGAAAAACUGUGAUUGUUUUAGUGGGUAUUUUUCUAAGUAAAUGACAACUUGUAUAAUGUAUUUAGAGAAUGCCAGAUAGUGCAUGUUUCAAGUUCAUGUUUUUCUCAUCACUUGUAUGUUUAUACAGCAUGGGACUUUAAUAAAAUUAUCCUGGAAACCUAAGGAUUGUUUUUCUUCUCAA